AUGGCUUUGAAAUGUGGUAAAAUGUUUAUUCAUCAUCACUUAUACAAACCUUUACGAUUUGUUCCACAGUUGGUGGUGAAACGCAGCACCACUAGCGACUAUUGUAAUCAAAUGAGCGGUAAACCAAUACGUUUUCGCGAAGGCGGCGAUGAACUUUGCGCAUUGCGAGAAAAGGAAAAGGGCGAUUGGAAUAAACUUACGCUGGAUGAAAUAAAGAAAUUGUAUCGCGGUAGUUUUUGUCAAACAUUUGCGGAAAUACACGCACCCACUGGUCAAUGGAAAUUGGUUGUAGGCAUAGCAUUUUGGGCGAUGGCUAUUGCAUUUUUGAUGACAGUAUUAACACAUUUUAGCGAGUCUUCACCCGAAUCGUUUGAAGAAGAUAACCGUCAAGCUCAGCUAAAACGUAUGAUUGCUUUGGAAAUGAAUCCUAUCACCGGUCUCGCCUCAAAAUGGGAUUACGAAGUCGAAGACUGGAAAUCUCGCAAGUAG